CCGAGGGAUCGCUGUGGGAGGAGAGUCAGACUGCAUACCCCACCAUGAAUCCUACACACAGCUCCAUCUGCUGCAACUGUACACUGAAGGUCCAUGCACUGACUCACUUCUGGAUGCUGUACCCUCUGCUGUGCCUCGUCGCUGUGUCGCAAUGGGCAGCGGUUGCUGAGACUCUCUGCGGCUCAGAGCUGGUGGAUACACUCCAGUUCGUAUGUGGUGAUCGGGGUUUUUAUUUCAGUAAAAGCUCUUCAUAUAUAAAAUACAAGUACAGCAUAAAGAGACAGAGUAAAGGCAUUGUGGAAGAAUGCUGCUUUCGGAGUUGUGACCUGCAGUUAUUGGAAUCAUACUGCGCCACUCCCCGGACUUCGCGAUCUGUGCCACCUUUAACCACUGUCAAGCCCCAGGAUGAAAAUUUAAAGAACACAUCUAAAGGGAUGUCCAAGUCUGCCAAAUGGAUUUCCAAAUUACUGGGGCAUAAAACAAUGGCAGAAAGCAGACCCUCAGUGAGAAGCCAACAUGAAAUACAGGAUGCGAGUCCACCCCAGAGUCAAACACCUUUGAUGGUGCUGUUGAGCAAGUUGCCUAAGAAAGCUCCAGAACUUCAGAUAACAAACUCGCGAUAGUACUAAGGAAGGAGAGAAGGCAGGAUGCACUAGAUUCCACUGCCUUUGCUUUUCAAUGUUACUGUGAAUUCAACACCAGUGUUGAAACCUGGAAUGGAGAAUGGAGUUGGAAUGAACCAAUGCCUUUUCUUUCAUUGAAACAUUUUGCUCUUCGCUUUAUCUCAAGCCAAGCUGACCUGUUUCCCCAUUCUCUUCACCCACCACUUGCGCCCCACAACCUCACAUUCCCAACAUCCAGCCUAAGUUGGAUAUUGGAUUUACUCACCUCGAAAAAAAUACCCGUCAUAAAUUCUACAAUGCAAGGGGCAGAGAGAUUCCAAACUGUUCACUCUCAAAUUGCCCUCGGCCCAGUAACUACACUAUUCUUUAUGGGCUCUUUAUUUAAAGAACAUUGAAGAAAUUUGGACCAAAUUUAAUAUGAUGUAUCACACAUGAGCUCACAGAGAAUCUCAAACCUGAGCACAUGAGGAUAGUGUCAGUACAAACACCAACAAGGACCAAGCAGGAAGAGAACAGCAUCAAGGAACAAGAGCUUGCCCCUGGCCAUCUUGUGUUAUGACCAGUGGGGUCGAGCAGAGACAGUUGGUUAAUGAAGAUGGACUGGAAUGGUAGAGUGCUGUGAGGAGGUGUUGGGUGGGGGCUGAGAGGAUGUGAAAUCCUUCUCCCAUUUUCUGGACAGUUCUAGUGAUUAAAUGAUGAUUAUUCAAGAGGCUGGUGUGAAUACAUUUGCAAUGGGCACCAUUCUCCAGACCUACCAGUCUGUCCAAGUCAGGAGCAAACUGAAAUUGAAAGAUGUGCUCACAUUGGACAGUUCUGCAAAGCCUAUUAAAUGCACCUUAUUUAAUGUUGACAGUUCUGAAAACAUCACCUGCCAUUGGUUGAUGUCAGCAGGUGGUAUUGAUGUUGAUUGUGUGUAUAAAUAUCAAACUUCCUGCUCAUGUAUUUAAUGCCUAUUGAAUUAUUUGUAUGUAUCCCAUUGUAAUUCCUCCAGUAUUAUGUACCAGCAUUACACUUCAGUAUUACACUACUACAUUAUGUUUAAGCAUGACAUUACUAUAAUACAUUAAUGUCAUGUUACACUGCAUUAUGUCACUCUCCCACUCAUCCUCGGUACUCCAGAUGGGAACUUUACAAUCCAGAACAUUUUCUAAGAUGAAUGCCAUUAGUCCAUGAUUGCUUGGGCAUAACCAUCGAUGAUAUCAUGGGAUUGAGGUUCCAAUGUGUUUUUAAUGAGAUCAAUCCACUUGACAAACCACUGCUUUCCUUGACACCAGUGCUCCCUGGCACUAUCUCAGGCUGAAUCAGUUCAGAGCCUCAGCACCUCUUUCGCCGUGAACUCUGGCCCCAUAUUCAUGCCAACGCCAAGACGUUCAUCUCUGUAAUACCACCUCGGCUUUGCUGCAGUCUCAGUCUCAGUUCCAUCAGCUGCUGAAACUCUCUUCCCUGUUUUUUGUGGCAGCCACAAUUGCCUGGUCCCAAAUCUCUGAAACUCCCUCCCUAAACCUUUAUGUCUCUCUCACACACUCUUUCCUCCAUUUUGACUCACUUUGAAAUCUACCUCUUUGGUCAGGUUUUUGCUCACGUUUUUUCUAUCUUUUUAGAGCGCAACUAUAAUUCGUGCUCCUGUGAAACAAAUGGGACAUUUCAUGAGGUUUGAGAUGAUAUAUGAAAGCAUUCUGUCAUGAGAACAUUGAUAAAAAUGUCAUAAUAUGCACUCGGGAAAUUGACCCUGACUGGGUCAGACAUUUUUCCAAUAGCACCUUUGACGAUCAUUUCAUCAUCAUAAAGUGUCAGGAGGACAAGGAUUUUGUUGCUUGCUUUGAGUACAGAUUGCCUAGAAAUUAUGACCCAGAAAAAAUUACCUUGGCCCAAUGCGUCAUUUCUUGCCACUCUGCGUCAAUAUGGAGUUCUAGUUGCAUUUAGUGGCCUAUGUCCUGCCCGUCUUCUUAUGUGUCACCUACCCAACAAUUGAAUGGGUCCAUUCUCAUUAAUAAGGUGGGAAUGCUACCACCUGUAAAGAACAAGGGAGCUGAUAGCUUCAAAAUAUUUCUGUGAUUUCACUGGGAGUAAAGAAUGAGGAGAAUCUUCCUGCCUUUUCACAAUGUCGCAAGCAUAAAGCAACCGUUGAAAAUGUUCUGUUGCUUUGUGAUGGCCUUUGAGUUUGUGAUGAAUGAGUUUGUCAUAUUCUACUGUGAUUUAUUUAUAAUUCUGUACGCUUUUUGUGAAAUCGAUGCAUUGUACAUCAGCAGCAUUCUGGAACUGAUUUCAAAUUUUUACUGGACAGAAAAUAAA